AGAAAAGAACAGUAGCAGUAACUAGAGUGCAAAUCUGCAAUUACCGGGCUCUCUGGUUCAGUGAGAGCGUUUUGGUUUGGUGUUGAGUGAAUGAGUUGAAGUAUCUUCAUGAUGACGAUGAUGAUGAGGUUGAAUCUGCUGCUUUCAUUUCUUUUGACAUUUACCAUUCUAUCCUCCCAUGUCCUCUCCGAUCUCAUCCUUACCAAAGUUGACCGUCGUAUUGAUCUGUCAUCACAAAUUGUCCGUACCACUACUACUCUUAAGGUAGAGAAUGCAGGAUCUGAUAUAGUUUCAGAAAUCUUGUUGACCUUUCCUGAUAACCAUGUAAAGCACUUGGCAUACUUGUCAGCAACACUUAACGAAGGAAAGGGAAAGGCGAAAUCAUUUUCUGGGGUUGGUUUACCAUAUGAAGUUGUCCGCCCUAAAGAUAUUCCCUCUUCCUUGGCAACUUAUUCCGUAACUUUACCUAAAGGCCUUGGGAAGGCAGAAAGUUUGACGAUGGACAUCUUGACAGUUUUUACCCAUAUAUUGCAACCAUUUCCAGAGAAAAUUACGCAAGCUGACAUUCAACUUCUGCUGUUUCAAGAGAGUGCACAAUAUCUUUCUCCUUAUCCCGUGAAGGUCCAAUCGCUCAAUGUUAAAUUACCUGAGGCAAGAAUAGAGUCCUACACAAAGUUGGAAAAUACAAAACUUCAGGGAUCUGAAUUGAAAUACGGUCCAUAUGAGAAUCUUCCUCCAUUCUCAUACUUGCCAAUUGUUAUCCAUUUUGAGAAUAAUCAGCCCUUCGCCGUUGCUAAAGAGUUGGUGAGGGAGAUUGAGAUAUCCCAUUGGGGCAAUGUACAGAUCACAGAGCAUUAUAAUCUUGUUCAUGGCGGUGCUCAGAGCAAAGGAGAAUUUUCCAGACUUGACUAUCAGGCCAGGCCAUAUGUAAGAGGUGCAUCUGCCUUUAGGCGUCUUACUGCCAAGCUGCCACCAAGAGCUCAUUCUGUUUACUACAGGGAUGAAAUCGGCAAUAUUUCCACUUCUAGUUUGUGGGGCGACUCAAAAAAGACAGAACUUGAGAUCGAACCUAGGUACCCACUUUUUGGUGGCUGGAAAACUGCUUUUACCAUUGGAUAUGGGUUGCCACUUCAGGACUUCUUGUUUGGAGUCGAUGGAAAGCGCUUCCUUAAUAUCUCUUUUGGUUCCCCCAUUAAUGAGUUGGUGAUUGACACUCUUGUUGUGAAGGUUGUCUUGCCAGAGGGUUCAAAAGAUAUUUCACCAUCUGUUCCAUUUCCUGUGAAAGAAAGACAUGAGACAAAGUUUUCACACUUGGAUAUUGCUGGUAGACCUGUUGUUGUGCUAGAGAAGAACAACGCUGUGCCUGAGCAUAAUGAGCAUUUUCAGGUCUAUUAUAAGUUCAACCGUCUUUCUAUGCUCAGGGAGCCGUUAAUGUUGAUUUCCGGCUUUUUCUUUCUAUUUCUUGCCUCCAUUGUCUACAUGCAUGCAGACUUAUCAAUCUCCAAGACUUCUGCAUCUUAUUUGGCAAAGAUCCAAUGGGAAGAGGUUCAAGCAACUAUUCAUCAGGUCCAUAGUAUCGUUAGUCGUUGCUUAACAACACACGACAAGCUAGAAGCAUCGUUGCGUGAUCUUUCUAGGACAGGUGAUAUUCAAGGGUGUAAAGCAACCAGAAAAUCAGUUGAUAGCUCGUUGAAAGAGCUCACAAAGGAGUUGAAAUCACCUGUGACAUUUUUGCAGUCUUCUCCUCAAGCCGCUCAAAUAUUACCCAAGGUGGAGGAAGUAAUUGCUAAGGAGAGAGAUUUGCAGGAGAAGCUUAUGGCAAAACACUCUACUGUUGUUGAUUGUUAUGAGAAGAAGUUAGGAGGAAGGGAAAUUGAAAAUCGGAUUGCUUCACAUCAGCAGAAAAUUACAGCUCUGAAACAAGAGAUUGACGAUCUUAUGGACUUGAUCGAUGAGAUAUGAAAGAUGACUAUGCUGCUUAAUAUGAUAAUGUGCUCCCAUUUUGACCUUGUUUUACUUGAUUUAGGUCAGAAAUUUUUAGCGGUUAGAUUGUUUCUGAGAGAUUAGCGAUACUUGUUUUGAGCAGGUGAGAAUGAUGUUACUGUCUAUUGUGUAUUAUGUGAUGAUAAUUUGAUCAUAUAUAUACACUAGAAUAAGGAUUAUAAUUUAUUUUUUGUCGCUA